AUGUUUUUUGUAAAAAAUUUGCUAAUUUUUGCAAUUUUUUGCAUCUUACAACAUUUUGCAUAUUUAACGGAAGUAUCGGAGGAUAAACGAACUCAUCGAGUUAAACGUCAGUGUGGUUGUUGUUCAUGCUAUGGUUCCGGAACAUCCUGUGCAUGUCCGUCAUCAUGCCCAUGUGCUCCUGGUGCUAGUAGUAAUUAUGCAACCGGUUAUAAUAAUAUAGGAUACGGUAGUAAUGGUAUUAAUUUCAAUGCAGGAUAUGGUAGUUAUGGUUUCGGUUAUAAUUCCGGAUAUCCAUAUAGCAUCUAUGGUCAAUACAAUCCAUAUUCUUAUGGUACGAAUUAUAACAUGGGAACUGGAUGCGGUUUGACAGGAACAGGGCUAUCAACAGGUUGUGGUACAACUAAUAUAUUUCCGUACAACUUUGGUAAUAGUUAUGGUAAUAGUUUUGGUACCAGUAAUACCGGAUACUAUCCACAAAUGACCGGUUGUUCGACAGCAUUUAACACUCGGUGUUAUUGUGGAACCGGUUAUUCACCAUGUAAUAAUGGUGCUUUAUGUUGCAAAAAUAGCAAUAAUGGUUUGAUGAUACGUUGA